CAAUUGGCAUGGGGCUCUUGGGUUACCUAGUUUUGUUUUUAGAUGCUGACAAUGUUUCUUUAGUACCCAAAUUGUUGAGCUGUCUUUGCUCUCAACCUAUCACCACCACUUCUCACCACCUUCACCACCAGGCUAAGCGGUUAAUGGAGCAUUAGAUAUGCAAAACCGCACUUUGGGUGGAUAUUAAAAGCUUUACUGGUUCGCAGUGCGCGCACAUGCUUCCCACAGCCCACCAUCUUACUACUAUUUAUACGGUUGAGUUGGCUGGGGAACUUUCUCUCUCAAUCAAAAUCCAUUUGAGGCAAUCUUCAGUUGAACGCCCAUGAAUGCCCUUAUCACCUUUAUUUUCAGUUUGUCCUUUUUCUCCGCUGUCUCAUUGUUGACAGAAACUGGUGCAGCCGCUGCAGAGAAGGAUGGUGUUUAUAUUGUGUACAUGGGAGCAGCGGCUUCGAGAAAGGGUUCAUUAAAGGAUGAUCACGCUCAACUUCUGAGCUCAUUGCUGAAACGGAAAACAAAUGCCCUGGUACACAACUACAAACAUGGUUUCUCUGGGUUUGCAGCAGUACUAUCAGCAGAAGAGGCUCAUUCAAUUGCUGAGAGACCAGGAGUUGUGUCGGUCUUCCCCGAUUCUGUGUUAGAGCUCCACACUACUCGCUCAUGGGAUUUCUUGAAGUAUCAGACUUCGGUGGUGAUCGACUCAAAUCCCAACUCAAACUCAAGCUCAACAACAUCUGAUCAUGAUUCGGGUGCCAUCAUUGGCGUCCUAGAUACAGGAAUUUGGCCGGAGUCAGAGAGUUUUAAUGACAAGGACAUGGGUCCAAUUCCACCAGGAUGGAAAGGUACUUGCGCACAAGCACAGGAUUUCAACACCUCCAACUGCAACAGAAAGAUCAUUGGAGCAAGAUCCUAUGAGGCCGACGAUAGUUCAGUUAUAAAGUACCAUUCGCCAAGGGAUAUGAUUGGGCAUGGCACUCAUGUGGCGUCAACCGCAGCAGGAAGUGAGGUCCAGGGUGUAUCUUACUACGGCCUGGCGGAAGGCACCGCCAAGGGUGGAUCCCCGGGGUCAAGACUAGCUAUUUAUAGAGUAUGUUCCUCUCACAAUGGUUGCCGUGGAUCCAGUAUCUUAGCAGCAUUUGAUGAUGCGAUUGCUGAUGGGGUGGAGGUGCUGUCAUUGUCCCUUGGAGCACCCUCGUUUUUAAAGCCAGAGCUUACUAAUGAUCCCAUUGCCAUCGGAGCAUUCCAUGCCGUGCAGCAUAAUAUUACUGUGGUCUGCUCUGCAGGAAACGACGGACCUACCCGUGGAUCAGUUGUCAAUGCUGCACCUUGGAUCUUGACCGUUGCCGCUAGCACAAUCGACCGGGAUUUUGAGUCUAAUGUUGUGCUGGGGGAAGAUAAAGUAAUCAUUAAGGGUGAAGGCAUUAAUUUGGCCAACAUUCAAAAAUCUCCAGUGUACCCGAUUAUAUAUGCAAAAUCAGCCAACAAAACUGGAGUAGACGAAGAUGAAUCAAGGAGCUGCAACCCAGAUUCCAUGGACCAAGAAAUUAUCAAGGGAAAGAUUGUUGUUUGUGAUCAGGACGGUCCCUAUUCACCGACAGAGAAGAAAGAUGUAGUGAAGAAUCUUGGAGGCAUAGGCGUAGUCUUGAUUGAUGAUGAAUCAAGAGCGGUGGCAUCCACUUUUGGUACAUUUCCUGCGACAGUGAUCAGUUCAAAGGAUGGCGCUAAGGUUCUCUCCUACAUCAACUCAACCAAAAAUCCAGCCGCCACAAUCUUGCCUACAACAUCACCGACAGAGUAUAAACCAGCACCUACCAUAACAUACUUCUCAUCUAGAGGCCCCUCAACAAUCCCAAAGAACAUUCUGAAGCCGGAUAUUGCAGCACCUGGAGUUAACAUUCUUGCAGCAUGGCUAGGAAAUGACACAGCUGAGGCUCCAGAAGGCAAAGACCCGCCACAGUAUAAUGUGAUCUCAGGAACUUCGAUGGCAUGUCCACAUGUUUCUGGGAUCGCUGCCACGGUCAAAUCAAGAAACUCUAAAUGGGGUCCCUCUGCAAUCAGGUCCGCCAUUAUGACAACAGCAACUCAAACAAAUAAUUUGAAAGCCCCAAUUACGACAGACAAAGGUGCAGCAGCUACACCUUAUGAUUUCGGUGCAGGAGAAGUAAGCACAACAGGACCAUUGGAACCUGGCCUAGUUUACGAGACUACCACCAUUGACUACUUGAAUUUUCUCUGCUACUACGGUUAUAAUAUAUCUACAAUCCAAAUUAUCACCAACACCAUCCCAGAUGGGUUUACUUGCCCCGAGGAGUCAAGCAUUGAUCUUAUAUCCAACAUCAAUUAUCCAUCAAUAGCAAUUUCCAAUUUCAAUGAAAAAGCAGGCAGGAAAGUGAACAGAACCCUUACAAAUGUUUCCAAAGACGAUAAAACAGUCUACACUGUAAGCAUUGAUGCACCUGCAGGCCUAGAUGUUCAAGUGGUCCCAGACAAACUGCAAUUCACGAACAAUGGUCAGAAGUCAUCUUACCAAGUGAGUUUCUCUUCCACAAAUCCGCUCAAGAAAGAUGUAUUUGGAUUCAUAACGUGGUCUAAUGGAAAAUACAAAGUCAGAAGUCCAUUUGCCGUAAGCAGUAAAAGUGGCAACUAGGUCCUAAAUCCUUAAUAAGCAUUAUAGGAAUGUGUAGAACAUCUGUAAUAAAAACCAGGAU